AUGAAUUUAAAUAACAUAUCAUGCAUUAAUUGCAGAGAAAAAUUAAAGAAUUUUAAAAAUAUUAUUAUUCAUUAUAUUAUGCAUAAAAAUAUAUGUCCAUUUUGUCUUUCAUAUUACCGUUCUUAUAAACAAUUUUAUGAUGGAAAUGGACAUUUCAACACCAAAAAAUGUAAAAAUGAACAAAGUAAAAUUAUUACAAAUAAUCCAAAAAGAGAUAGCUUUUAUAAAAAAUCAAUGGAUAUUACUGGUGAAAAAAUAAAAUAUCCAACAAAUGAUAUAGAUGACCCAUGUAAACAUUUAUGUAACCAAAACCAAGAUGAAAUUAUUUAUCAAGAAAAUAAUGAAAAUAAUGAAAACAAUCAAACAAUUGAUAAUGAAGAAAAUCAUGAUACAAUUAGGUUGCGACAUAGUGAUGAUGAAAAUAUAAUAGAUCAAAAUGGAGCAAAAAAUAAUGAAAAUAAUGAAAAUAAUGAAAAUGGUCAAAAUGAACCAAUAAAUAAUAAUCAAAAUAAUAAUUUAGAUAAUAAAAAAUCAAAAAAAAAUUAA